AUGGAGCAAGACCUGGAGACUGCAAAGCUGGACACCCCGGAGCCUUCUCCAAAGAUUGAAAAGUUCCAUGUUCCAUUGAACAGUCUGAAGAUGAUGUUUGAGAAAGGUGAAGCUGCCAAUAAUAAGCAUCUACCGCGGGAACCUGGGAAGCUUAAUGUUGGAAAACUUGGUUCUGAAAACUCCAUUUCAGCUGAGGAUUCGGAGCACUCCAUCAAUGAAAGUGGUUCUCCUGACAGCCCCAGUAAACUAACCUCUCAGAAAAGCCUUGAAAUUUCCCAUGUCCUGGAGACAACUUCUUCUUUAAAGGAAAGGAUGGCCAAGUAUCAAGCUGCUCUGACCAAGCAGUCCAAGCCUGUCUCACCCACGAAUGAUAUGAAAGGGAUUUGGAAUGAUACGGUAAAACCCCAAGUCAGAACAGAAGGAGAAUGUCCCACCAAGCCCUGUCCUCUCCAAUUCCUCUGAUACUGAAAAGAGAUCUCAGACUGAGAGCACGCCUAUUACCCCUCCAAGGAGAGUGUCCGAGAGCAAUGGUAAACUGGAGGAAGACGUGCAGAGACCCAGCACCUCUCCUGGCUACAGCCCACAAACGAGAGCAUUAAAUCAGCUGGAGGCGACCCCUGCUAAAGUUACAAAGAAAUUUCAGAUACCGGCGCGAGAGAUCUGUUUUGGAUGUCAGAAGACUGUUUACCCCAUGGAGCGGCUUUUUGCCAACCAACAAGUGUACCAUAACGGCUGUUUUCGCUGUCAUUACUGUUCCACCAAGCUCAGUCUUGGUAAUUAUGCCUCUUUACAUGGAAAUGCUUAUUGCAAGCCUCACUUCAAUCAACUGUUCAAAUCCAAAGGAAAUUAUGAUGAAGGCUUUGGGCACAAACCCAUAAAGAGCUAUGGGAGAGCAAGAAAGAGGACACAGAAAACCAAGAAAAUCUAAUCAAAGCUGCA